AUGGCGGCCGGGGCGGCCGCCCGGCGGGACCUGCGGGUGCGCUGCUGCUCGCGGCGGGGCCUGGAGCGGGUGCUGGGGCUGUGCGCGCCCUUCCUGCGGGCGCUGGCACCGGGGCAGCCGGGCGGCAUCGCCGCGGACGACGUGCUGUGGAACUUCGAGGCAGCAGUGCGAGAGAAUGUUACCGUUAAUGGGCAGCCCUGGGGGGAUACGUCAGCCAGCUCCGAACCGUGUGGUUCCUACAUCAAAAUUCUUGAAGACCAGUUUGAUGAACUUAUAGUAGAGACAUCAACAAAGCGUAAGCAGUGGCCUAAGAAGAUACUGGUACAUGCUAUCCAAACCAUGAAAGCAGAGCAAGAAAUGUUGAAGCUCUACCAGCCUGUGGUAACGCCAGAAGAGAUCAGGUCACUGCCUUCUCAAGAUGCUUACAUUACAGAUCUGAAGCAGCUGACAGAAAUGGUGUCUGAACAGAUGGGCGAGGCAAUGAAGUCUCUCCCCGCGCUAAUAGAAAGAGCAGAAGGUUUUUCCCAAGCGCUAACUUGGCAACCAACCCUGGAACUCUGCAAGCUGCGGCAAGAAGUCUUUGCUGGUUGUAACGCAAAGGAGGAAGAUAACGUCCAAAGCUUCGUAUCACCGGGAGAGGUCACGCCAACAGACACUGACACCAGUAAAAAUCCCUACACUUUGUUCAAAAGGAAAAGAGCUGCAGAUUCACCACAGAGAAAAUACUACCCGCUUCGACGGAGGAAAAUUACUCUCAGCGCAUGA